CACCAACUGGUGAACCCCGCGUUUGCAGCUCCCGACAUGAAGAUCCGGGUUUCAACUACUACUGUACGAGGACUUGGGGCUGCUCCAGGAUGUGUCCGGCGGUAAAGCUAAAACCCAGGCGGCCGAGGCACGAUAACGUCAAGGUGGACUCCGAGUUUCGUCCACUCCUGUAUUUUUAAGCAUGCAGAGCUUCCCUUUCCCUUCCGUCUUCUCUUUCUUUCCCAUUGAUCACAGCAGCUUCUUCUGCGCAGAUACCUCAAUUCUUGUCGUGGUAUAUUCCAAAGCUAUUUGACUACACUCAGAUUGCAGGCCAUCUCUUACAGAUUUCUUCGCUAACUCACAGGAUGGACGAGAGGAUGGCUCCCUGCGAGCGCAUUGGCAACACCGGAGCAGCAUCCACAAAAUAUGACAUUGUCAUCAUUGGCGCUGGUCCAGUGGGUCUGUUACUCUCAACCUGUUUGGCAAGAUGGGGAUACAAGAUCAAGCAUAUCGACAAUCGCCCUGAACCUACGAAGACUGGACGUGCCGACGGCAUUCAGCCCCGAUCCUUGGACCUACUGCGAAAUAUGGGCUUGAAGCCAGCGAUUAUGGAACACGGACCUGCGAAAGUCUACGAAGUUGCGUUUUGGGAUCCUAGCCCAACCGCCGAAGGCAUACACAGAACAGGGACUUGGGCGAGCUGUCCGAGCUUCAUAGACGCAAGAUACCCCUUUACGACACUCCUUCACCAAGGAUUGAUCGAGCGAGUCUUUAUAGCAGAUUUGGAGAAGAACGGAGUGGAAAUCCAGAGACCCUGGACCAUAAAAGGUUUCAGAACGGACGAGGCAACAGAUGCGGAGUUUCCAGUCGAAGUCAACCUGGAACAUGUUGAAGGCAAAGGGAAGGAGACCGUGAGAGCAAAGUAUCUUUUCAGUGGCGAAGGCGCACGGUCAUUCGUCAGGGAACAGUUGAACAUCGGCAUCAAGCAUAAAGACCCAAUUGCUCAUGUUUGGGGUGUCAUGGAUGGAGUUGUUGAGACUGACUUCCCCGAUAUCAAGAUGAAGUGCACAAUUCAUUCUGAGCACGGGUCUAUCAUGGUCAUUCCUCGAGAAAACAAUAUGGUCCGGCUUUAUAUUCAGAUUGCAUCUUCGACAGACAAGGAUUGGAACCCUCGGAAAACUGCAACUGAGGAAGAGGUGCAGAAUUCAGCAAAGAAGAUUCUUCAACCUUAUAAUAUCAAGUGGGAACGAGUGGAGUGGUACUCCGUGUACCCCAUCGGACAGGGAAUCGCCGACAAAUACACUCUGGACCAUAGGGUGUUUAUGGGUGGUGAUGCUUGCCAUACUCACAGCCCCAAAGCUGGCCAGGGCAUGAACACGGCAUUUCUGGAUGCUCUGAAUCUCGCCUGGAAGAUUCAUCACGUCGAGGCAGGAUUUGCUGACCGGUCGUUGCUGCAUUCAUAUGAGUCUGAACGGAAACUCAUUGCCGAAAACCUCCUUAAUUUUGAUGCAAAAUACGCUGCUCUGUUCUCUCAACGACCACCAGCCGCGAAAGACGUCGCAGCAGCGACGGAGCAGUGUUCAAAUAAAGAUGACGAGGGCGACGAAAACCAAUUCAUCAAGACUUUCAAGGAGUCUUGCGAAUUUACUAGUGGCUAUGGAGUGGCCUACGACCCAAAUUCUCUCAAUUGGUCACCAUCUCAUCCUGCGCAAUCCGAGGUGAUCAAUCCUAAAGGCAACAGGCUUCGGACCGGACGGAUCCUGAUCAACUCCGACGUCACUCGAGUUGUAGAUGCAAACGUGGUGCAUCUUGAGCAAGAGGUCCCUGUUAAUGGAUCUUUCAGGAUAUACGUAUUCGCUGGCAACCCCACCUUGACUAACCAAGCGAUCGACGACUUUGCACAGAAUAUGAGCAAGAAGAGCACGUUCUUCACGGCUUAUUUACGUCGCGAUAUUGAAACCGUUUCCCAUCACGAGCGCCACAACCCACACAGCCAUUUUCUCACUUUCUGCGUUGUAUUUGCAACAAAGAGGAGUAGCAUUGAAAUCUCGAGGGACGUCCCUAAGCUGCUGGCGAGAUACAGAGACAAUAUAUACGCUGAUGAUAUUUGGGAUCAGCGGGUCCCAGAUGCGAAGGCUGCAGCUCAUGCGAAGAUGGGUUUGAACCAGGAGAAGGGAGGUAUUGUUGUUGUGAGGCCAGACGGAUAUGUCGGCAUUGUUACCAGUUUAGUUGAAGGCAGCGGAACGGUUGAUGCGCUAAAUGAAUACUUUUCAGCGUUUUGCUCCAAGAAAUUGGGCGAAGCGCGGGCACAGUUAUAAAGAAAUAGUAUUAUUUUUGAACAGAGUAAUUUGAACAUUGCGGAUGAUUC